UAUCGAUGUUUCUCCACCUCUACGUAUGUAGAAUGUAGAAUUACUCGUGAUAUGUGAUAUAUUAUAUAUUAACCCGAUCCUACGCAUCUCGUAUCUCGCAUUGGAACUGGGCAGCAGCAGCGGAGCCUGGUGCCUGUGUGUGCAAGUGCAAUAUCCUUUGGCCAGCGGUGCGGAUGCGGAUGCGGGCCUGGCUCUGCCCAGUGGAUUUGUGUGCGCUUCUCGGUUUUUCGCUCUCGGGCUUUCGGUUUUUUUUUUCUCGUAUUUCGGUUUCUAUUUUUUUUGUUUUUUUUUUUUUUUUUGUUAGUCCUCGGCUCGGUACUGAAUCGUUUUGUGGCAAAUAUGUGUGCUGCGUGCGGUGCUGCAACAGUUAAGAACGCUGACGCUGAUGCUGGAUGCAACGCAGGAGGUGCUGCGCAACGGAUGCCACUGGUAGCCAUCGCUUGGUAUUCAUCCUGGUUAAGCUCAUCUUGAGCUGGUGCAUCCCCCUCAUAUUCCCGCAUUGCAUCGCAUCAUCACCACCACCACCACCACCGCCGCAUCAAAUCCACCAGCAACAGCAAACAACAACAACAACAACAAUAAUAGCAACAGCAAGAGCAACAACAUUGCCCCAACCACCCAGCUAGGAAAAAAAAAAAAAAACGUAAAAGAAAAAAAGAGGUAUCUGUAAGUCCGAAUUUGGACGGGGAUUCCCCCACUGGAAAUGGGCACCAUCUCGUCGGUGCUGCAGUGGUCGUGCACCAAGUGCAACACCAUCAAUCCGACAGAGUCGCUCAGGUGCUUCAAUUGCGGCACGGUGCGAAAAGUCUUCCCCAAUCCGCAUCACCAGCACCAGCACCAAACUUAUCGCCGAAAUCCAGGGCCGCCGUCGUCCACUUCCUGGCCAGCUGAUGGAGCAGCCGCCGCCGUUGCAGCCGUCGAACAAGGAGACAAGGAGAAGGAAAAGGACAGCAAGGAGAAGGGGAGCAGCAAGGCGGUUGCCAGGAGCGAGUAUAAGCAUGUGUACAAGUCCUUGCUGCGCGGAUGCCUGAAGAGGCCGCAACGAAACAGCCAAAAUCUGACCUCCAACUGUGUGGACUGCGAGGAUACACGAAAAUAUAUUAAGAAUUCCAUUGAACUAUAUCGGCAUUUCUCGAAUCCGGCCCUGAACCGGCGAUGGGUGUGCCAUGCCUGCGGCACCGAGAACAGCUCCGUAACAUGGCACUGUCUCAUCUGUGACACGGUUAGCUAUUUGGCGCCCAUCUACAAGGAUCAGCGUGGCCAGGAUCUGGCCGGUAGUCUCGGCAAUUGCGGUGAACUUUUGGCAUCCGAUCAACAUCAUCAUCAUCAUCACCAUCAUCAUCAUACACAACCGGAAUUGGAGGAGAAUCUGCAUCAGCAUUCCCAUAAGCGGCAUUUAAAGAGUGGCAUAACUAGGGCUGGAUCUGGUGCUGGAUCGGGAUUGGGACCAGUCGGUGGAUCAGGUGGAGGUGGUGCUAAUGGAGGAGGAGCUGGUCUGCGACGCACUCAAAGCCUAAGCACCGCCAUUGACAAGAGCAGCUCGGGACGGAGCUGCCACAUCUGCUAUGCCAACAACCAGAGCAAGGACAUCUUUAAUCUGCCGCAGGUCAAGCCCACGCCUCAGCUGACAGCUGGGAUUCCACCGCCGGUGGCCGCUUGCAGCAAUUCUCGUUUCGCCAUCGCGAACGAUACCUUCUGCCGGCGGAAGCAGAACAACAACAACAAAAACCAAAACCACAAGGUGGUCCGGGAGAGUGGGGCGAAGAAGAAGUACAACUUUACGAUCACCACGCUCUCGCGAUCGGCAGCCAAGGAGAAUCCCAUAAGGAAUCCAUUGAAUCCCAAUCUGAAUCUGAAUCUGAAUCAAAAUCAGGCCAAGCCGCAGCGACAGCAGCAAAAAGGAGGAGUUGGGAAUCCUUCCCAGAAUCUGCAAAAGCGGAAACCCGCUGCAGCAGCUCCACAAGCACCAGUAGCAUCACCAGCAGUGGGUAUGAAUCCAACGCAGUUCACGAUUCCGCGGAACGGCGUCUUCAUAGCCGUGAACGAGUGGUCGGAGCCGAGCUCCUCCAGCUCCAGCUCCAAUAAUCAUCAACAGCAGCAGCCACAACAGCAGCAGCAGCAGCACCAUCAUCAUCACCAUCAUCAUCAUCAUAGCAACAGUAUCAACAAUAACAAUAAUAACAACAUCGGAAGCGGAAACGGAAGUGGCAGUGGAAGUGGAAAUGGAAGUGGGAGUAGCAGCAACAAGUUGUAUGAAAAUGAAUGUGUGGCCCUGGCCCAGCAGCAGCUUAGAGCAGCUGCUGCCCAGGCAGCUCAAGUGGCAGCCACAGCGGUGGCCAUAGCUGGCUCACCAGGAUCAGGAUCAAGAGCAGGAGGAGGAGACACACCCACUAUGCCCAUCUAUGCCCAGGUGAACAAGCAGCACAAAUUAAAAAAGAAACCACCAACAACGGCCAGCAACAACAAUGGAAGCAACAGCACCGAACUAAUCACAGAUCCCGAUACCACGAAUACCUUGACGGGAUUGGGUAGUAGUGGCGAGGCAAGUGAAUCCGAAUCGCAGACAUCACAGACAUCACAGGCAUCGCUGGCAUCCCAGGUGGAGGAGCAUUCGAUUUAUGCCAAGGUCUGGAAGGGACCGCGCAAAGCCACCGAAUCAAAAAUAACGCAUGAUUCUGGUAGUGGGAGUCGCGUUGUCGCCACUGGUUCCACUGGAGGAGGACAAGCUGGAGGACCCGUACCCGGAGGACAGACGAGGCACAACAGCAACAGCAAGUCCGUCAGCCGCAACAAGAUGUGGACAUGCAUUAAAUGUUCCUAUGCCUACAACAGGCUCUGGCUCCAAACCUGUGAGAUGUGCGAGGCCAAGCCGGAGCAGCAGCUAACAGGUGGGUCUUCCUCUAGAGAAUAUCAUGUAUAUCCAUACUGAAUCCAAUACCCCUUUAUAGAAACCACUCGCGAUGAGCCGUGGACGUGCAAGAAAUGCACUCUCGUCAACUAUUCCACGGCCAUGGCAUGUGUGGUCUGCGGCGGAUCGAAGCUGAAGAGCAUCUCCUCCAUUGAGGACAUGACGCUGCGCAAGGGCGAGUUCUGGACCUGCAGCCAUUGUACUCUAAAGAACUCGCUCCAUUCGGCGGUUUGCAGUGCCUGCAAGUCGCAUCGCCAGCCUCAGCUAUCGAUGGCUUUGGAAGCUGUUAGGGAGCGGCCGGAUGGUCAGUCAUAUGAGGAGCAGGAUGCAGCAGCAGCAGCAGCAGUAGCAGCCGCUAGUGGAGGAGGAGGAAGUGGAGGUGGAGGUGGAGGUGCGGGUAGUGGAGAAAUCAAAACACCGACAUCUUUGAAUCUUCCAUUAACAUCUGUGGCAAUGCCCAUGCUGCAAAUACCAUCAUCCUCAGCUGCUGGACAUCGUGGCUCUAGAAGUCCAUCUCCCAGGAUGCAGCACCAGCAGCAGCAGCAGUUGCUUCCCCAACAACAACCACAACAACAACAACAACAACAGCAGCAACAGCAACAGCAACAACAUUCCCAGUUGCAACAACAAAGAAGCUCCUCGGGAGCCAUUCCAAAACGUCAUAGCACUGGCGGUUCCAUCGUUCCCCGGAACAUUUCGAUAGCUGGCCUUGCCAGUUACAACCUCCAACAGGGCGGAGGUGGAGGUGGCUCCAUCACUCCAUUAACAAACAAUUCCAGCUCCAAGAAGUGGCAGUGUCCGGCGUGCACGUAUGAGAACUGUGCCGCCUCCGUCGUCUGUGACAUAUGCUCCAGUCCGCGUGGCCUAGCCACGGCUGUGUUGGGUGAGGCUCUGGCCAGAAAAUCGAUACGGGUGGCUCUCACCCCGGCCGAUAUUCGGCAGGAGAGCAAGCUGAUGGAGAAUCUCCGUCAGCUGGAGGAGACCGAGGCGCUCAACAAGUGGCAAAACAUCAUCCAGUAUUGCCGGGACAACAACGAGCUCUUCGUUGACGAUUCCUUCCCGCCGGCGCCCAAGAGUUUGUACUACAAUCCGGCCGGUGGAGCGGCCGAGGGUAAUCCGGUUGUCCAGUGGCGUCGCCCCCACGAGAUCAACUGCGAUGGCGGCGCCUAUCCGCCGUGGGCGGUCUUCCGUACGCCGCUGCCCUCCGACAUCUGCCAGGGUGUGCUGGGCAACUGUUGGCUGCUCAGCGCUCUGGCUGUGCUGGCGGAACGCGAGGAUCUGGUCAAGGAGGUGCUGGUCACCAAGGAGAUCUGCGGUCAGGGUGCCUACCAGGUGCGUCUCUGCAAAGACGGCAAGUGGACAACUGUGCUGGUGGAUGAUCUGUUGCCCUGCGACAAGCGCGGACAUCUGGUCUACUCCCAGGCGAAGCGCAAGCAGCUGUGGGUGCCGCUGAUCGAGAAGGCGGUGGCCAAGAUUCAUGGCUGCUAUGAGGCUUUGGUGUCUGGGCGGGCGAUCGAGGGCCUGGCCACGUUGACGGGCGCUCCCUGCGAGAGUAUACCGCUCCAGGCCAGCAGCUUGCCCAUGCCCAGCGAGGACGAGCUGGACAAGGACCUGAUCUGGGCCCAGCUGCUCAGUUCGCGGUGUGUUCGCUUCCUCAUGGGCGCCAGUUGUGGCGGCGGCAACAUGAAGGUCGACGAGGAGGAGUACCAGCUGAAGGGCCUGCGUCCGCGACACGCCUACUCUGUGCUGGAUGUCAAGGAUAUCCAGGGCCAUCGGCUGCUCAAGUUGCGCAAUCCCUGGGGACACUAUUCGUGGCGUGGCGACUGGUCGGACGACUCAUCCCUAUGGACGGACGAUCUGCGCGAUGCCCUAAUGCCGCACGGCGCCAGCGAAGGCGUUUUCUGGAUCUCGUUCGAGGAUGUGCUCAACUAUUUCGACUGCAUCGAUAUAUGCAAGGUGCGGUCCGGUUGGAACGAGGUGCGACUCCAGGGCACCCUGCAACCGCUCUGUUCCAUCUCCUGUGUCCUGCUAACGGUGCUGGAGCCGACGGAGGCCGAGUUCACGCUCUUCCAGGAGGGCCAGCGCAAUUCGGAGAAGUCACAGCGCUCUCAGCUGGAUCUAUGCGUUGUGAUAUUCCGAACGCGUUCGCCGGCGGCACCGGAAAUAGGGCGUCUGGUCGAGCAUAGCAAGCGCCAGGUGCGCGGCUUUGUGGGCUGCCACAAGAUGCUGGAACGGGAUAUCUACUUGCUGGUCUGUCUGGCGUUCAACCACUGGCAUACGGGCAUAGAGGAUCCCCACCAGUAUCCCCAGUGCAUCCUGGCCAUUCACAGCUCGAAGCGUCUGCUGGUGGAGCAGAUCAGUCCUUCGCCGCAUCUCCUGGCCGAUGCCAUCAUCAGUCUGACCCUGACCAAAGGACAGCGGCAUGAAGGACGCGAAGGCAUGACCGCCUAUUACCUGACCAAGGGCUGGGCGGGUCUGGUUGUGAUGGUGGAGAACCGGCAUGAGAACAAGUGGAUCCAUGUGAAGUGUGACUGCCAGGAGAGCUAUAAUGUGGUGUCCACAAGGGGCGAGCUCAAGACGGUGGAUUCAGUGCCCCCACUGCAGAGACAAGUGAUCAUUGUGCUGACCCAACUGGAGGGCAGCGGCGGCUUCAGCAUCGCCCACCGGCUGACCCAUCGGCUGGCCAAUUCUCGUGGCCUUCACGACUGGGGUCCGCCGGGCGCUACCCACUGCCCGCCCAUCGAGAAUGUUCACGGCCUGCAUGCUCCGCGUCUCAUUACCUAAAUACCAAAUGGAUCACGAUUCUAGUUAUCUCAAUGUAUCCUUGUACAUCGUAUCCUGGUUGAAUGGUCAUUUCUAAACCGUACUCUCUCUAGUCGAUGUAUUGUAAACGUAUCACAUCCUCAUACCCCAUCGGAAAUCCGAACCGCAACCGCAAUCGGCAACCAUAUAUAUAUAUAAUUGUGUGUAUAGCUCCGUGCAGAUAUAUAUAUAUAUAUAUAUAUAUGUACAACAAGGCAUACUGUAUACUAUAAGGCACAAUUUACCCAGGCCAUGGUGGACAGAAUGGAAACGAUCGAAAGGAUUGAGGGAAAUGGGAUCCCCUUGAGAUAUAAAAACAAAACGAUUAUUUCAUUUGAUCAAGAUUAUAUAGAUAUGUAUUGUGAAUUUAAGUACAUCCAAUAUGAAUAUGUGUAUUGUUUUAAAAAUAAAUACUACAAGUUAUAAAAGUCAA